CUGGGCGAGCCCGCUGGAGGAAGAGCUUUGGCAGCGGGGCCGUGCACGAGGCUCCCAGCCCAGCCCGGGGUCUCCGCGGCGCGCUCAUGGGCAACCCGGAGAACCGCAGCGACGGCGUAGAGGGCACGGGCGAGCCGCUGUGGGCCGUGCUGCCGCCGUGCGACGAGAGCCGCUGCUCGCCCUUCCCCCUGGGGGCGCUGGUGCCGGUGACCGCCGUGUGCCUGGGCCUGUUCGCCGUCGGGGUGAGCGGCAACGUGGUGACCGUGCUGUUGAUCGGGCGCUACCGGGACAUGCGGACCACCACCAACUUGUACCUGGGCAGCAUGGCCGUGUCCGACCUGCUCAUCCUGCUCGGGCUCCCCUUCGACCUGUACCGCCUCUGGCGCUCCCGGCCCUGGGUGUUCGGGCAGCUGCUCUGCCGCCUCUCGCUCUACCUGGGCGAGGGCUGCACCUACGCCACGCUGCUGCACAUGACAGCGCUCAGCGUGGAGCGCUACCUCGCCAUCUGCCGCCCGCUCCGGGCCCGCGUCCUCGUUACUCGGCGCCGCGUCCGUGCGCUCAUUGCCGCGCUGUGGGCAGUGGCGCUGCUCUCCGCCGGGCCCUUCUUCUUUCUGGUGGGCGUCGAGCAGGACCCCGACCGCCAAGAGGUCCAGGACCUUAACGGCACCGCGCAGCUCACUGCCUCGUCGCCACCGCCACUCCUCGGGUCCUCGAGGGCGCCAGCGCUGUCCCCUCCGUCGGCGCCCGAGGCCGCGGCGGCCGCUGCGCUGUUCAGUCGAGAGUGCCGGCCGAGCCCCGCGCAACUGGGCGCACUGCGCGUCAUGCUGUGGGUCACCACCGCCUACUUCUUCCUGCCCUUCCUGUGCCUCAGCGUCCUCUACGGGCUCAUCGGGCGGGAGCUGUGGCGGAGCCGCGGGCCUCUGCGAAGCCCGGCCAUCCCCGGGCGGGAGAAGGGCCACCGGCAGACCGUCCGCGUCCUGCUGGUGGUGGUUCUGGCAUUUAUAGUUUGCUGGUUGCCUUUCCACGUUGGCAGAAUCAUUUACAUAAAUACUGAAGAUUCCCGGAUGAUGUACUUCUCUCAGUAUUUUAACAUCGUUGCUCUGCAACUUUUCUAUCUGAGCGCAUCCAUCAACCCCAUCCUCUACAACCUCAUUUCAAAGAAGUAUAGAGCAGCAGCCUGGAAACUGCUGCUGGCCAGAUGGUCCAGACAGAGAGGUUUCUGCAGAAGCAGGGCGGCUGAGAGGGACCCUGGAGGAGACGCGGCUGGCUGCACGGAGACCAGUGCUAAUGUACAAGCGUCAGCACUCAGCACCGCCAAGCAGGGCGCCUCAUCCCACAGCUCUGGGACCUAAGGGAAAAUACCUCUGGAAGGAGA